UCUUUUUGUGUUUUCCGUGUUUAGGUCAUUCCAGAAAGAUGAGGAUACUUCCUGUCUUCACAUUCACAGCCUACUGGCAUUUGCUGAACGCCUUUACUGUCACCGUUCCCAAGGACCUGUAUGUGGUAGAGCAUGGCAGCAAUGUGACAAUUGAAUGCAGAUUCCCCGUAGACAAACACUUAGACCUGUUUUCGCUAGUUGUCUACUGGGAAAUGGACAAUAAGAAAAUUAUUCAGUUUGUGCGAGGAGAGGAAGACCUGAAGGUUCAGCACCGCAGCUUCAGCCAGAGGGCCCGGCUGCUGAAGGACCAGCUCUACCUGGGCAGUGCCACACUCCAGAUCACAGAUGUGAAACUGAGGGAUGCCGGGGUUUACCGCUGUAUGAUCAGCUACGGUGGCGCCGAUUACAAGCGGAUCACGUUGAAAGUCAAUGCCCCAUACCGCAACAUCAACCAAAGCAUUUCCAUGGAUCCGGUCACCUCCGAAUAUAAACUGACAUGUCAGGCUGAGGGUUACCCCAAGGCUGAAGUCAUCUGGACAAGCAGUGACCAUCAAGUCCUGAGUGGUCAGACCACAAUCACCAAUUCUGAGAGAGAGGAGAAGCUUUUCAAUGUGACCAGCGAUCUGAUAAUCAACACAACAGCUAAUGAGAUUUUCUACUGUACUUUUCGGAGAUUAGAUCCUGAGGAAAACAGUACUGCUGAGUUGGUCAUCCCAGAAACACCCCCAGCCCACACUCCGAAUCAGAGGACUCACUUGGUGAUUCUGGGAGCCUUCCUGUUGACCCUUGGUGUGGUCCUGGUGAGCACCUCCUGUCUGCGAAAAGAAGUGAGAAUGAUGGAUGUGGAAAAAUGUGGCAUCCAAGCCGCAAGCUCAAAGAAGCAAAAUGAUACACAAUUUGAGGAGACGUAAUCCAGCAGGGAAACUUCUGAUCUUCAAGCAGGGAUUCUCAGCCCUUGGCCUCGGAGUUCAUCAGGGCUAAGCAUGACCAGAGGGACGAAUGGGCCCGUGGGAUGCCGACGGGGUGGGGCUUAGAAGGCCCAAGCACUGAAAGCGGAACCUGGGAAAACAGAGGAGAAUGAAGAAAGACGGAAUAGAAAAGGGAGACUGAAAGGAGACCUUGCUUCUUCAACAUGACUGAGAGGCUCACCGGCGCCUGUGAAAGGGAGAGCGGACACCUCUAAGUGAGGAAACCCCAAGCAAAUCCUGUGGCUUCUCCUAGGAAAACGGGUUGAGAAUCCCUGACUCAAUGAUCAGUUUCUGCAGCAGUGCCUUCUGCCUCCACUCAAUGCCUCAGUGUGUCUUCUGUGUGGUUGAGAGUCCCGGUGUUGCAACAGUAUUAAUUGAGUCGUUUCUAUUUAUUUUGAGUCCACAGGGUCUUCUUGUCAUGUGAGUGUGACUGUGAAUUAUUUCUUUUGAAGAUACAUUGCAGCUGACAUUUAAAUUUUGUCACCAAACUAAAUUUGCUACUUGAUGACUCACUUGCGGCCACUAAAACAUAUAGUAUUUGUCAGGUGCUUGGUAUCGUUUGUAACUAUAAAUACAAAUAGGAAGCACAGAGAGCAAACCACUGAAUUGUAUAGGAUGUUAACUUAUUUAACCCUUAUAUAACACUUCGGCUGACUUGAAUAAUCUUAUUCUCAGACCUCAGGUGUCUGUUGCAGUAUCCGUCUUGUUUAAAUAUCAGCUUUACCAUUCUGUGAUACUCUACAAGCAUAAUCAUUUUCAUCUCUGAAACACCUCUGUUGUGGUGACCACUAUCAUUAUGCCCAUUUUACAGCCGAGGGAGUAGAAAGAUGAAGUCACUUGCCCAAACCAGUCAACAGCAGACCUCAAAUUUCCAAGCCCAUUUCCACUGCUCUUUUAGAAUACAGUUUACAGCUACAUUUUACUUUAAGCAGUUCAUUUAUUCAGAAAUUAUGUAUUAAGUCCCCUUGCAAUAGCAAUCACUGUGCUAGGCAUUGAGUCUACAGAUAUGAGCGAGACAAAGUACCUGCCCUCAAGAAGAAAGUUAUGUUAAGGUUGAGAAGCUCAUAGUAGCAUACGGAGGUUGGCGUGAAAAUGUAUCAUUACAAUGUAGAACAAUGUCCUGCCAUAACGUGUCGGAGAAGAACGGUGGUAGGAGAAGUAAAGUCCAGAAGCAUCUCCAGGAGGAGACAGGCCAGUAAAUGUGUUCUGGGACAGUUGGAUAUACCUAAAAACCAAAGCACUUUCAGCUUAUGAGGAGUCAGAAGUACUGUGGAAAAUAAUUCUUGAAUUCCUUUUGUAGCAUUAUAUUGAUUGAUAACUUAUUUGCUCUCACCGUAAAUCCGAUGCUUGUUUAUAUACAGUGUCUGGUAUUGUUUAACAGUUCUUUUGUUUCUAUUUAAAUGCUAUUGAGUUUUGAAUUCAUGCCUUUCCGUUAUUCAGAAUUUGAAAGAUCUCAUAGGACACCAUUUUAAAAUCUGUCUCAUCCUCAUAGCCAUCCGAAUUCCCUUUCCAGAAGCAACAGGUGCUGCUUUGUAUUCAUAUAUU